GUAUUUUGAACAGCGCCGAUGGAUAAGAACCUCCAGCAUGAUUUCGAAGUUUGUCAAAUGAAAACUCGCGCGAUUUUCAACAAAGUUUCUUUAGUGAAUUUGUUUCGCGGAAUGUCAGAUAUUUAUUGUGCUGAACUGAGAUUACUUAGUUUAAUAAUAUCGACACUCACUGAAAGCAAGUACUGUACUGUGUGAUUAAUAUGAAAACAUUCCAUCAAGUGCCUCAUCUAUUACAUGCGGCACUCAUUGUUCGAACAAUAGUGACGGUGAAUCUUGAAAGUCAUGGAAACUGAAGUAACAAAACUGGUGGACGCAUCUAAUUUAAGGGAAGAAUUGCGACAGCACGGACCAAACACCAUUUUAAUCAGGAACGUUCUCAGACACUGGGUGCUAGGAAAUCAAGCCACAGAUCCAAUCAUCACACUGGCUCGCAGGAAUGGGAAAAUGACUGCAAUCAUCCUCAAGCAGACAGAUAGCGGAGGGACCACGUGGUGGCAGAUUUUCACACCCGACUCUCAACCCAACGAAGAUCUCCAAACUUUACUCACGCACCACAUUGACUGGAGCAGGGAUAGCUUAUUCUUCUCCAGUGUGCCAGUCGCAUUUCAGCCCUUGUUGCAUGAAAUUGCAGCAAAUAAAGGUGUUGAAUUGAUGGAAACUGACUAUCAGCAAAAACUUUAUGCUGUGAGAGACCGGAAGCGUCAGCAACGCUUGCUUUCUUCUGCCAGAAUGGUUGGGAGCAGAGCCCAACAACCUGCUGUGGCAUUCUCAGGGAAGCGUUCCAGGACUCGUUGGCAGUCCAUUCAGAACACAGCUGGAGAAGAAGCCAUGCUGAGAAUUGUUUUCAAACGGACUCCCAACGUUUCCUGA